AAUCUGUCACUAGAAAGCACCCAAGGCCUCACUCUCUGGGUUCUGGGUGCCCUGGGAAUGGCAGGAGGCUCUGACACGCGCGCGGGGGUGCCGAACGAUGGGGGCUAGCGCGCCCGCUGGCGGGGGGCACCUCGCGCGGCGCUGUCCCCAGCCCGACCCCGUGCGGACCCGGGUGCGGCGCGGCGUCCGGGGUGGUCCCGGUGCCCCGGGGGUCGCGGGAGGCUGGGCCCCGACACCCCCGCGAGCUCGCGGCCCGCGCUUCCCGCUCCAGGUGAGGGCGCAGCGCGGUGUCACUUUACCUGCGCGCAGAGGGUCGUCCGGAGAAGCUAUGGGGCGGGGAGGGGCAGCCGGCCCCCGGAGCGGGACGGCGCGGCCUCGGGGGCUGGGCUGGAGCGCGGGAGCGCACGGGCUGCCAGUCCGGCGGGUCCUGCAGUCCCGACUGGGCGGCAGCACUGCACGGCGGCGCUGCGCGCCCCUCCUCCCCCAGCCCCUCCACCUCCUCCCAGACUCUCCUCCGCGUCCUCCGCGAGCUCACUUCCCGCUUUGGCAAUUAGCAAAGCCCCUUAUCUGCGCCACCCCCGCCCCCUCCCUCCUGAGGCGCGGGACCCGGCUGGGGUGCGGGGCGAAGCCCGGGAGGCUGCAAGCCUGGCCAGCACCCGCGCUGGGCGGCCUCCUAGGCUGGCUGCGCAAGCGGGUGUCCGAGCGCGCGGCCUGGCUGCGAAAAGAUCAUCAGCCCUAA